AUGGCUGAGACAAACUCUGACCUCCCUGCCUCAGUCGUAACUAUUACUGAUAAAACUAUGGAGACUUCCGCUCCUACUGAGCCUUCCUUACCCUCUCGUACUCCUCCCGCUGAAGUCACUCCUCACCUAGUUUUUCUGUCUCUCUCUAUUUCAGAAACACCUAAAAUUGUUGCUCCGUCCCCUCCAUCUUCUGAGGCUCCCACCAGUCAAAGACCCAGUGGAGAACAAGGUCAAAACCCUGAGGUCAUAAAGAGUUCUGCCAUUGUUGCUACCGACUCCGUGGUGGCAGUAGUACCAUUUGAGGAAGUUAAAAAUGUUAAAAAUGAGCUACAAAGUGUGGGGGACGAAGGGGCCAUUAUAACUGUUGAAGGGGAUGCACUCGCAGAUACUACUGGGCCAUCACAUGAGGAACCUGAUCCCUCUCCGGAGGACCUAGGUCAGGGCUCUCAUUCCCAGGACAGUUCUGCUCCUGCAUUCGCUGUUGUGUCCUUGAAAAUACAAGUACCUGAAAUGAGGUCCAGUGAUGAGGAGGACCUAGAUAAUGUGGCUCUUGAUGCGUUCAUAGUUAAGCGGAGAGUUGUGUCCACUCCUGAGUCUGAAACCAAACGACCUACUACCAGGCUUCAAGCUAAGGUGGCCUACGAUUUUGCUCUUCAAAAGAGCAAGAAAAGUAGUAAGAAGAAAAGGAGAAAGUUGGUGAAAAAUAGUGUACCUGUAAGUGAUGAGGCAAUCCCUGUAGUAGAGGUGGAUGAGGAAACCCCAGAUGAACCUGGUUCACUAGUUAGACGGUCUUCCAAAAAGAAGAAGCCUGUUUCAACAGAGAAGGGGUCAACCUCUAGGUCCAAGAUGAAGGAGGUGGUGAGUGAGUUCUCGAUGUCUGAUGAGGAUGUGUUAGUCAAAUUCAAGGAAGAAGGAAAAGUAAGUGGUGAGAAGUCCGGCAACCUGGUUCUGUGA